AUGUCCAACACUUUCAACAUGGCAUGUGUCAAAAAGCUGCUGGAAGGCCAGCCCAUUCUCCAGUCAGUUCCCGUGGCAUCGAAGGAGUUUCACCUAUCCCCAUGGUGCUUCGAUUUCUCUGAGAAAGCGAAAUAUGGAGAGAAAGGGCGAUGGCCGACGAACUUGCAGUUCAAGGCGCAUUUCCAUUCCUUCCUUUCGAAUGGAUAUGAAGCGAGCAGGGAGCCGAUCGAUGUUCGCUUCGCAGGGCAAAGUGAGACCAUAGAACCUUUUUCGGUGCAGUUCGUCGAUGGACAGAACAAGAUGCUGAUCAUCCAGGCCAUCAUGGCAUUGAUCGAGCAGUGUCUUGCCAACCGCAGAGCCGAGAAAGUCAAACCGUCGUGCUUGGACUAUGUCCUUAUCUUCCGAGAGGCUGCCAGGAUCAAGAAGGUUCAGUCGCCCAAUGUGAGCCUUCGAGAUCGUGUAUGGACAGCUGUGGCAGAAUACAACAAGACAGUCACCACGAAGGAAUCGAAUGAAGAUGCAGUGGUGGUGUGGGCAAAGAGAGUGAUGUCCGAUUACAACCGCAAAGCCCCAAAGACAGCCUCUUCCAAGCAGAAGGAUGUGUUCUCCCUGGCCUGCUUCAUGUGCUGGUUGAGCCCAAAGAUGGAAAUCCAGCUCGGCAAAGACUCCCCAGUGCUCGAGAGGAUUUGGGAGAUGUGGGAGCUCGGGGCAUUGGAUUCAGAGCUUCGUGCCCAUAUCAAGGGAAAUGACCCAAACUUCGACUUGUCAAAGCUGGCUUUCUAUGCUGAAGCUACUGGGAGUGUGCAGGAGAAUCACAUCCUUGAUGCGCAGAAUGCAGUGAACAAUGCCCGAAAGAGCUCAUUGCAGGCUGCUUGGAAUCUGUUCCGAACAUCAGUAGAAAAUGAUCAAGUGGUACAUGAACGCUACCUACAAGCUGCCAAGACUGAUGAAGCUCGAGCUCGCAGUUCAGCCCUGACAUCUUUGGAGAAAAUGCAUUCCACUGCUUGGGGGCUGGUGCAAAGCUUCGCUACGGAGACGGUUCCUACGUGGAAUGCUGCGUCAAAGAAGGGCCAAGGCUUUGGGGCGGGUCUUAGGAGGAACGACAGUGAACGACUGAUUGGGUGGUGCAACUACGUCACAGCUGGAGUGCUGUCAGCCCCAAAGAUCGAGUUCACUGCGAACUCGAUCACACAGAUGGCCCAUGCGAACCCAAAAACGUUCAUAGCUGUUGUGAUGCUGCCCAACCGCUCUGGUGACUUGAGGUCGGAGAAGAAGGAGGAAGACGAUGAUGAUGAUCAAGAGAGAGACCCAGGAGCCGCUGAUGUCUGCCACCUCGAUGAUGAUGACGAAGAAAAGGAAGAGAGACACGGUGAUUCAGCUGAGGCAGUCCUCCAUGAGUUCACCUACAAGAUCAAGAACUACUUCCUGGAAUCUGAGCGUGGGCUUCGUGUCGAGCGCUCCUGUCGAGGAUUUGCCUCGGAAGCCAAGCUGACUCGCGUCCAGGAGCUCAAACAGCACCUGGCUGGAAGCAGCGUUGUUGAGAAAAUGGUGACCUCUUUGACUGAUCCUGCUGACAACUUCAACAUCAUCGUGGACUUCAUGGGGUUCGAUGGAUGGCCUGCAGCCUCCACUGUGAAUGAAGUGUCUCGGGGCAACAAAUGGGCUGCUGGAACGAUUUGUCAUCAUGCCCAUGAAGCCGCCUUUGUGGGGGAGAUCAUCAACAACAAGAUUUUCUCCAUGGCCCGAGAUGGAAAACUCAGGAUACCUGGUUUUCCCAACUUUUUGGAUGUGAUCGAGGAGUUGAAAAAAAGUGGAAGGCCCAAUGGCCCGGCCAAGUAUGAUGUUUGCACCCCAUUGGCUGAUGGGGGCCUUGUCGUCAAAUCGGCCCUCAUUGACUUGUGGACGGUCAAGAAUGAAGGGUACAAAGAUGAAGCAGAGAGGCUGAUCCGCGAACACAAUGCCCGCUACAAUCCUCGUGGCGUGAAGCGAGGAGCAGAAGCCCCUGCUGAAUCUGACCAGUCUGAAGGGCCAGGACACAAACGACUUCGUGUUGAGAAGUCUGUGCCAAUGACUGAAGAGUCCAUGAUCGAGGACAAGUUACUAGUCAAGUUACUGGCCAGUAGGUUUUUUUCCCCUUCAACAAAAUAUCAUAGUCCUAGGAACGAUGUUCCAUUUUUAAAGCUGUGUGCUGUAAAAAAAGGGAUAUGGUGGGUGUCUAAAACAUUCUAA